GGCGGCCUCUCUCUCUCUCUCUCCUCCCUCUUCCCAGGCACCUGUGUCGCGGCAGAGCCGGGGAGGAACGGAGGCGCCGGGGCCCCAGGUGCAUCGGGAGAGGGAGUCGCUGCGAGCCUCCAGUCCUGGCUGCUGGGCUCUAGGUAUGUGUGCCAGCCUCGGGAGCCGUCCAGCCUAGCCCGGGUCCCGAGCGGGUCCCCGCGAAGCUCCGGGCCACGCCCUCACAGUGCUCAGAGCCUUGGGCUCCGCCCCCGGGCACGCUCACCCAGCUCCGGACCGCGCCCCCGGAGUAUCUGACCACGCCCCGGAGCCCCGGCCACGCCCACCCCGCCGGACUCCGCAGCGGCCAUGGGGACACCCGGCACCCCGGAGGAGGAGGAGGAGGGCUCCUCGUCGCCGCCGCAGGUUCCGGGAUGCACCGCCGACGUCCAGCCUCCAGGGGCCAGGCAGCCUCAGGGGCCCCGCGAGGAGAGCGAGGUCCCCCCGGAGCUUCCGAGCUGCCCGGGAGCGGAGCGGCAGGCCGAGGAAGAGGAAGAAGCGGGCGAAGGGAGCAGCACCGAGAGCUGCCGCGAAGAGCCCGAGGCUACGCCUGCCGCGCACAUCGCAGCCACCCCUCCCCCUGGUCUCCCUCCCGGGGAAGGGAUGCGAGGGGCGGCGCGGCGGCUGCGGGGGCAGCAGCUGGAGGCGCUGACCCGCGUGGCUCUCAUGGAGCAACGGGUGAAGGAGUUGCAGCGCCAGAAGAAGGAGUUGAGGAUCGAGAUGGAGGUGGAGGUGGCCCUGCUCCGGGGUGAGCUGGCCGGGGAACGGGUCGCCGCUCGGCGGGAGGAAGAGCAGCUGAAGGAGCUGCUGGGCCAGCAGGCGCCGCAGAGCAGCCAGGAGCUGCGGGAACAGGAGCAGAGGCAGCUGAGCCAGGAGCGGGAUCACGUGCAGAGUCUCCGCCAGCGGCUGAGCGAGGCCCAAGGACAGCUUGACCUGCAGCCGGAGGACCAGAGAGAGCGGCUCUUGCAGGGGGUGCAGGAGAUCAGAGAGCAGCUGGAUGCUGCCCAGCGCUCCUAUGAGGACCUGGAGUUCCAGCAGCUGGAGCGCGAGAGCCGCGCGGACGAGGAGGGCCCUGGAGCGCGAGCUCCAGACGCCAAGGUCCGGGAACUCGAGGCCAGCGUGGCCCAGCACAGGCGCCGCAUCCAGGUCUUGGAGGAGCAGCUCAAGUCGCUGGGGGAGCAGAUGGCCGCCGAGAGCUGGGGGCUCAGCCGGAAGAAGGAGGAGGCUCUUCAGGCCCUCACACAGGAACGGAGCAGGCUCUUUGAGCUCAAUUGUCUUCAGGGACCAUGUAGUGGGGACUUCUCUGAGCCUGACCAAGCGCUCACCAAGCUGCUGUUCACACAGAAGACAGACCGUCAGCUGCUGGUUCUGCAGGACCCCGCUGCCAAUGCGGCCUCCGCGUCUUCAUGCCUCUUCUCCGUCCACAGCUCCCUGAAGGGCUCUAUUGGUCUCCAGAGAACGGGAAGCCUGCCCCGGAGGAGGGGAGACAGGGCCAGCCAGAGGGGACCCUCCCGUCCUUUGUCCCUGCAUUGCACAGGACCCUUGGAGGCCUCAGCUCUUGCGCAAGCGGUGGGGACUCCUGGGAGACACCCUUUCUACCAGCUGCUCAGCUGUGGCCCCGGGAAUAGACAGUCGGCGGUUCACCCAGACAUCGCCCACAUGGAGAGACUCCUGCAGAAGGCUGUGGCCGAGAGGGAACGGCUGCUCAAGGCCAGGGAAGGGAUGAGAAGAAGCCCGGAAGGUUCCACAGGCCCUUCAGUCCCUGCCAUCAUGGCCCCGCCCCCGCCCCCGCCCCCACCGCGCCCUCCAGGUCCCCGGGUCCUGGACCUCCCUCAGCACCUGGAACGCUGGGGCCACAAUCCGGACAGCUGCCCCCACGUGCGGGUGUCCGGGGGCUGCUGUCGCGGGCCGCUGGUGAAGAUGGGAGGCCGCAUCAAAACCUGGCGGAAACGCUGGUUCUGCUUUGACCGGCAGGCUCGCCGGCUGGCUUACUAUGCUGACAAGGAGGAGACCAAGCUCAAAGGUGUCAUCUACUUCCAGGCCAUCGAGGAAGUCUACUAUGACCACUUACGCUGUGCCUUCAAGAGCCCCAGCCCCCGUCUGACCUUCUGCGUCAAGACCUACGAACGCCUGUUCUAUAUGGUGGCCCCCAGUCCGGAAGCCAUGCGUAUUUGGAUGGACGUCAUUGUGACGGCUGCGGACGAAAACCACGCCCCCUGAUCGGCCCCGCCCCUCGAGAAAGACCGGUCCGGCCCCCAGGGCCCCGCCUACUCCAGGAAGCUAUCGGCCCCGCCCCUUCUGGAAUUUUCCUGGGAAGUCUGCAGCUGCUCCGGCUCAGCUGGCCUGAGCCACGUAGAUCUGGGCUGUGGGUGACUUCCAGAGGUGGCAUCUCUGGGGCCCUCGGGGCCCUGCUUGGGGCAGGAGGAAGAUUACAGGGGGCGGAAGGAACUAUUUAUUGGUGCUCCUCUGAUACCGAAUUAAACAUGGUGGAAAAACCGG